GAUUUAUACACCUAAGCGAAGAACUUCGUCAUAUUCUUCCACCAAAUAUUUCCUAAUCAAUUAUCUGCAGCUGUUGUUGAAUUUCAUCAAUCGGAAAUGGCGAAACGCUUAAUCCCAACCUUGAACAGGGUGCUUGUGGAGAAAUUAGUGCCCCCUUCCCAAACUGCAGCUGGAAUCCUCCUACCUGAGAAAUCCUCCAAGUUGAACUCUGGAAAGGUGAUUGCAGUCGGACCGGGAGGGCGUGACGCCGCCGGAAAUCAUAUUCCGGUUGCGGUGAAGGAAGGCGACGAGGUUCUGUUGCCUGAGUAUGGCGGGACGCAAAUCAAAUUAGGCGAAAAAGAGUACCAUUUGUAUAGGGAUGAAGAUAUCUUGGGGACCCUGCACCAUUGAUUCAUCGGAAAUCUCAAUAUCAAAUUUGCUAGUAUUGGAGUUUAGUGUGUAUUGAAGUAGUGAUGUGAUGCACAUUGUUGUUCACUCUUUUCUUGAAUUCCAUUAAUAAACGAAUAUUUUGUUUUUA